CUUCAUCCUGCUUCUUUUCUUCCUUAUUUUUGUUGUCUGUUCUUCUUUUUCUUCUUCUUCUUCUUCUUAUUCUCCUUCUUCUUGUUUUUAACACUUCCUCUGCAGUUUACGAUAGAAUGUCCCUCCACAAGAGCAAGCUCGCUUUCAUUGGCGGCGGCAACAUGGCCUCCGCCAUUAUCGGGGGUCUUAUCGCCCAGGGGGUUCCCAAGACUAAUAUCUGGGUUGCUGAACCCUGGGAUGUUAACCGUGAUAAGAUGGCGGCCCUGGGUGUUCAAGCGACCGCCUCUAAUGUUGAAGCUGGUGGCCAGGCUGACCUCAUUAUUAUCGCUGUCAAACCCCAGGUUGCUCAAGGCGUUUGCGAGGAACUCGCCGCUGCCUGGUCCAGCCGCGAUACCCUCCCUGUUGUGGUGAGUAUUGCUGCUGGUAUCACUUUGCAGAGCUUGCAGGACUGGCUGCGGACGGGGAAUAGCUCCACGGCACACACGAAGGAUGGCCGCACGGCGCACACGGUGCGUGUGAUGCCCAAUACGCCCGCGCUACUGGGUCAGGGCGCGUCCGGCGUGUUUGCCAGUGCAGAUGUCACGGCUGAGGAGAGGACCCUGGUCAAUGACCUGCUGGCAAGUGUGAGCCAGGCGACCGAGUGGGUGGAUCGGGAGGAGUUGCUGGACGUGGUGACUGGGCUAUCGGGAUCCGGCCCGGCCUAUUUCUUCGCGAUGGUAGAACACCUCGUUGCCAGUGCCACUGCUUUGGGUCUGUCCUCGGAGCAGGCCACCCGUCUCGCGGCGCAGACCUGUCUAGGGGCGGGCAAGAUGCUUGUCGAGUCCUCUGAUACCCCGACCAAGCUGCGUCAGAAUGUCACCAGCCCGAAUGGUACAACGCACGCAGCCCUGCAGACCUUCGAAGCAGAGGGGUUCCAGGAGAUUGUGGACAAGGCGGUUAAGGCGGCCACCAAUCGGGCGGCGGAGCUGGGGGAUAUACUGGCCAAAAAGUAGACUUACGAUUGACGGGUAUCAAUGAUAGCGCAGUACAUCCGGGUACAUGAACGGUGGAGUUGACGGUUUUAACAACAUUGUGCUUCACCAUCCGUAGAUGAGCCAUCGGUUGUAGGACGCCCACUUGGUGCCAAUGCUGGGAUAUCUGUAGGAUUCUAUGCCCAGUCUGGGCCGGUGACUCACGCCUCACAUGGUUCGGGUUGCUUGUCUUGAAUCGAGCUACGCGCCCGUACACCUACAUCUGCUCAAUAUCCAACCACGGUGAUAAUGACGACCAUGUCAGCACAGGGUGAGCUGACCCACUCAGAUCAGCCGUGGGGCUGAUGUGCGGACUUAGUGGACAUCCACGCACAUGGC